AAACCACCAGCCAUGAGAGCUGUUGUGCUUGCCUUGACUCUGGCCUUUGUGGCGAGUCAACAGAUUAACCUUGUUCCUGAGUUUGCCCCUGAUAAGACCUAUGUGUACAAGUAUGAGGCUCUGCUCUUGGGUGGUCUUCCUCAAGAAGGUCUGGCCAGAGCAGGAAUAAAAGUCAGCAGCAAGGUUCACAUCAGUGCCGUGACAGAGAACACCUUCCUGAUGAAGCUCAUGGAUCCUCUACUUCACGAGUAUGCUGGCAUUUGGCCCAAGGAUCCAUUUGUUCCUGCCACUAAGCUCACCUCAGCUCUGGCUGCUCAGCUUCAGAUUCCCAUCAAGUUUGAGUAUGCUAAUGGUGUGGUUGGAAAGGUAUUCGCCCCAGCAGGAGUCUCCCCUACAGUACUGAACCUGCACAGAGGAAUCCUCAACAUCCUUCAGCUUAACCUCAAGAAGACCCAGAACAUCUAUGAGCUGCAAGAGGCUGGAGUUCAGGGAGUGUGCAGGACCCACUACGUCAUCAAUGAGGAUACAAAGGCCAACCACAUUAUUAUCACCAAGUCUAAGGAUCUGAACCACUGCCAGGAGAGAAUUAUAAGGCACACUGGCUUGGUGUACACUGAGAAGUGUGCUGAAUGCACAAAGAGAGUCAAAAGUCUGAUUGAAACUGCAUCUUACAACUACAUCAUGAAACCAUCUGCUGCCGGUGUACUGAUCGCUGAAGCCACAGUUGAGGAAGUGCAUCAGUUUUCACCCUUCAAUGAGAUCCAUGGUGCUGUCCAGAUGGAAGCAAAACAAACCUUGGCAUUUGAAGAGAUUCAGAAAACCCCUGUUGUUCCAAGCAACACUGAUUACUUGGCUCGUGGAUCCCUGCAGUAUGAGUUUGCAACUGAGAUUCUUCAGACCCCCAUUCAACUCAUAAAGAUCAUUGAUGCACAAGCACAGAUUGUCGAGGUCCUGAACCACUUGGUUGAAAAUAACCUGGCCAUGGUCCAUGAUGAUGCUCCACUAAGGUUUGUUGAGCUCGUCCAGCUCCUGCGUGCUGCCACCUUGGAGAAUAUUGAGGCUAUCUGGGCUCAGUUCAAAGACAAACCAGUUUACAGGCGCUGGCUUCUGGAUGCUCUUCCUGCUGUUGGCACACCAGUCAUUGUAAAAUUAAUCAAGGAGAAGUUCCUGGCUGGUGAACUUACCAUUCCUGAGUUCAUUCAGGCUCUUGUGGUUGCUCUGCAAAUGGUCACUGCUGAUUUGGACACCAUCCAGUUAACAGCUAGUUUGGCUAUGCACGAGAAAAUCUCCACAAUCCCAGCUCUGCGUGAAGUCGUCAUGCUUGGAUAUGGUUCCAUGAUUGCAAAACACUGCGCUGCAAAUCCCACUUGCCCUGCCGAGCUCCUCAAGCCCCUCCAUGAUAUUGCUAUAGAGGCCAUUUCCAAGAAUGACAUUCCUGAAAUCACUUUGGCUUUGAAAGUUCUGGGCAAUGCUGGUCACCCUGCUAGUCUUAAAACCAUCAUGAAGCUCCUACCUGUACUAAAAACUACAGCUGCUGCUGUGCCCAUUAGAGUCCAGGUUGAUGCCAUCUUGGCCCUGAGGAACAUUGCCAAGAAAGAUCCCAAACUGGUUCAGCCAGUGGCCCUGCAGCUUGUAUUGGACAGGGCUCUCCACCCUGAAGUGCGUAUGGUUGCUUGUAUUGUGUUGUUCGAGGCCAAGCCCUCAGUGGCUCUCGUCUCCAAUCUUGCUGGUGCUUUGAAGACUGAGACUAACAUGCAGGUUGCGAGCUUUGCCUAUUCCCACAUCAAGUCCUUGACCAGAAUCACUGCACCUGAUAUGGCAUCUGUUGCGGGUGCAGCUAAUGUUGCCAUCAAGCUCAUGAGUCGCAAACUGGACAGGCUUAGCUUCCGUUUCAGCAGAGCCCUUCAGCUGGACUUCUAUCAUACUCCUCUUAUGAUUGGAGCUGCUGGUAGUGCCUACAUGAUCAAUGAUGCCGCCACCAUCCUGCCCAGAGCUGUUGUAGCUAAAGCACGUGCUUACCUGGCUGGAGCUGCUGCUGAUGUUCUUGAGAUCGGUGUGAGAACUGAAGGAAUCCAGGAGGCUCUUCUGAAAUCUCCUGCUGCAGAUGAAAGUGUUGACCGUAUCACAAAGAUUAAGCGCACUCUGAGAGCCCUCAUAAACUGGAAGGCUCUGCCAACCAAUCAGCCAUUGGCUUCAGCAUAUGUAAAAGUGUUUGGACAGGAAUUGGCUUUCACCAGUAUUGACAGGACCAUCAUUGAACAAGCAAUGCAGCUUGCCACUGGACCCAAACCACGUGAACAGUUGAAGCGUGCCCUUAAAGCUUUGCAGGAAGGAAUUGUCUGGCAGCGUGCCAAACCCCUACUUAUAGCUGAAGUGCGUCGUAUCUUUCCAACAACAGUUGGUGUGCCCAUGGAGCUCAGUUUGUACUCAGCUGUUGUUGCAGCUGCAAGUCUCAAUGUUAAAGCCACCAUAACACCUCCUCUCCCUGAGGAGAUUGAGACUAUGACCCUUGAGCAGCUCAAGAAGACUGAUGUUCAACUCCAAGUUGAAGCUAGACCAAGUAUUGCUUUGCAGAAAUUUGCUGUGAUGGGAGUGAACACUGCCUUGAUCCAAGCUGCUGUUAUGGCAAAAGGAGAAAUCCGUAUAAUUGCCCCUGGAAAAGUGGCUGCAAGAGCAGACAUUCUCAAGGGCAACUACAAGGUGGAGGUUCUACCUGUUGAUAUUCCUGAACACAUUGCUGAUGUGAGCUUUGAGACUAUUGCUUUGGCAAGAAACAUUGAAGAUCCUACUUCAGAGAGAAUUGUUCCAUUGGUUCCUGAGUUGUCCCUGCAAAACUCCCAGACAUUGUCUUCUGAGAUCCUUUCUCCUGACAUGCCAGAUGAGACUCCUGUGAGAGCUGCUGCUCCAUUUCACAAGACUCUCUGUCUUGCUGUCCCAUAUAUUGAAAUCAAGGGGUGCGUUGAGGUGCACUCUCACCAUGCUGCUUUUAUCAGAAAUUCUCCUCUCUUCUACAUAAUUGGACAGCACUCAGCCCGUGCUGCACUGACAAGAGCUGAAGGUCCUGCGGUUGAAAGACUGGAGCUUGAAGUUCAAGUUGGUCCUAGAGCUGCUGAGAGACUCCUUAAGCAAAUCAGCCUCAUUGAUGAAGAGACUCCAGAAGGAAAGGCCUUCCUGUUGAAACUGAGGGAAAUCCUGGAGACUGAAGACAGAAAUGCGUCCGUCUCCUCUGAAAGCAGCAGUAGCAGCCGCAGGAGCCGCAGGAGCCGCAGCAGCAGCAGCAGCAGCAGCAGUUCAAGCUCCUCCAUGUCCAGCUCUCGUGUGACUGAGAAUGCCAAUCACAUGGAGCCCUUCAAGAAAUUCCACAAAGAUCAGUUCAUGGCACACCAUGGUGCCUCAAAGGCUGUAAGCAGUGGAAGCACCGCAUCUAGCUUUGAGCAAAUCCAGAAACAGGCUAAAUAUCUUGGAGAUUCUGCUCCACCUGUUUUUGCUGCCAUUGCCCGUGUUGUUAGAGUGGACCACAAGUUGUUGGGUUACCAGCUUGCUGCUUUCUUUGACAAGCAAACUGCUAGAGUGCAGCUCGUUGUUUCCUCCAUUGCUGAGAAUGACAACUGGAAGUUGUGUGCUGAUGGUGUCCUGCUGAGCAAGCACAAAGUCACUAGCAAGGUUGCUUGGGGUUCAGAGUGUCAACAAUAUGCAGUCAUUACUAAAGCUGAGGCUGGAAUCCUUGGAGAAUUCCCUGCUGUCCGUCUAGAGUGGGAAUUUGAAAGGCUUCCAGUUAUUGCCAUCACCUAUGCCAAAAAGCUGUCUAAACACAUCCCUAUGGCAGCAUUGCAGUCAGGAUUCAGGUUUGAAAGAGCCACGAACAGUGAGAAAGAAAUCGAUCUGACUGUGGCCUUGCCAACUAAGAGGACCUUGAAUGUCAUUGCUAGGAUUCCAGAGAUGACUCUGUCAAGGAUGGCUAUUCCUCUCCCUAUCACUGUUCCCAUCAAUCCAGAUGGAACUCUUUCUAUUCAUAUUGAUCAGGACAUUCAGUUCAGAGCCCAGAACUAUAUCUAUGAACAGACCACAGCUCAGUGCAGCAUGAUGCAGGACACAAUCACCACCUUCAACAACAGGAGGUUCAAGAUGGAAAUGCCCAUUUCCUGCCACCAAGUCUUAGCCCAGGAUUGCACACCUGAGUUGAAAUUUGUUGUUCUGUUGAAGAAGGAUGGACAGUCUGAAAAAAACCGCCUGAACGUUAAACUUGCUGAUAUUGAUGUAGAGAUGUAUUCUUUGGGCACCGAUGCAAAAGUUAAAGUUAAUGAAAUGGAAGUUCCCAUCAGCAGUCUUCCCUAUCAGCAUCCCUCAGGCUCCAUCCAGAUCAAGAAGAAGGAUGAUGGUUUGUCACUUUAUGCUCCUAGUCACGGGCUUCAGGAAGUCUACUUUGCCAGUGGUCAAUGGAAGAUUCAAGUUGCAGACUGGAUGAAGGGACAGACAUGUGGCAUCUGUGGAAAGGCUGAUGGAGAGAUCAGACAGGAGUACACUACGCCCAGUGGAUACCUGACCAAGAGCUCAGUCAGCUUUGCUCACUCAUGGGUGCUUCCUGCUGAGAGCUGCCGUGAUGCCAGCCAAUGCCGCAUGAAACUUGAAUCUGUGAAGUUGGAGAAGCAAGCGAUUUUGAAUGGACAGGAAUCUAAAUGCUACUCCGUUGAGCCUGUGCUGCGCUGUCUGUCAGGCUGUACACCAAUCAGAACCAUCCCUGUCACUAUUGGAUACCACUGCCUGUCCACUGACUCCAACCUCAACAUGUUUGAUGGAAUCUAUGAGAAGAGUGUAGACUUGAGAGAGACUACAGAUGCUCAUGUGGCCUGUCGCUGCUCUGAGCAGUGUGCUUAAACCCAAUU